AUGAUCAUCCACGACCGCUACACAACUGACGCUGCACAUGUAUACGCCGCUCAGGCAACCGCUCCAACCUAUGCUAGUCAGCCAAAAUAUGUUCCUGGAAAAGUGUUUGACAGAUUCAUCGAGAUCUGGCUAGAGAACACCGAUUACGACAAAGCAGCUGGAGAUCCGAACUUAGCAUUGCUAGCGAAGAAGGGCAUCACUCUGUCGAAUUACUUUGGCGUCACCCAUCCAUCGCAACCUAAUUAUGUUGCUUCCGUGGGAGGAGACAACUUCGGCAUGGACAACGAUGAUUUCAACCAAGUCGCCGCGAACGUCAGUACUGUGGUCGAUCUGCUCGAAGACAAGGGGAUCUCUUGGGGAACUUACCAAGAAGAUAUGCCAUUCACAGGCUUUGAAGGGUUUGCUUGGAAGAACCAGAAGACCGGAGCGAAUGACUAUGUCCGCAAGCAUAAUCCUCCCGUCAUCUACAAUGCGAACACCAGUCCGAGGAGGCUUUCAUACCAGAAGAAUACCACUGUGUUCUUCGAAGACUUGAAAGCGCAUCGUCUGCCCCAGUGGAGCUUUAUUACGCCAAACAUGACUAGCGAUGGCCAUGACACAACGGUUAUUGUAGCCGGAACCUGGUGUCGAAACUUCCUCGAGCCUCUUCUUAACGAUUCUUACUUCAUGGAUCGGACCCUGAUUCUGCUGACAUUCGAUGAGAAUCACACCUACAAUGUCGGCAACCGUGUGUUCAGCAUUCUCUUGGGUGGUGCUGUUCCUCAAAGCCUCCACGGCACGACAGAUAAUCAGUUCUAUAAUCACUACAGCGACAUCGCGACCGUAGAGGCGAACUGGAAUCUACAUACGUUGGGUCGUUGGGAUGUUGGCGCGAAUGUGUUCAAGCUCGUUGCCGAUCACACUGGAGAUUUGUAUCGUCCAUGGGACGCGGUGACAGGUGUCAACGAGACCGUGUUUUUGAACUCUUCCUUCGCAGGUCCUUUCAACACCGGAUUCGAAUCGGCUCCGUAUCCGAUCCCGAACGUGAACGCUGUGUCUCCAAAGACGGGACGCACAGUACUUCCAAGUAUUCAGAAGGAAUAUGCCUCUAGCAAGGCAUCGACAUACUACACCAACGGAGUGGAGAUUCCGGAUGGCCAGCAUCCUCCCAAGGGCUAUGCUGUGAACACUGCAGACAAUUGA